AUGGGCUCUACCGGCCAAAAGGCUCCUUGGCUAGAGAGGGUAGCCAUCAAAAGAGAAGCCUGUGCAGACAGAAUUCCGCAAGCAUGGAAGGUGUCGGCAAACUUCCUAGACAGUCUCCAAACACCCUUGUCAGACAAUAAGACCAAUCUCAUCCAAGUACAAGCGAUCCGCAAGUCUGGAAUCCUGACGGAACGAGAGCUACAUAUCACCGAGCAGUAUGACGUUGCCGCUCUGCUUUCUGCUCUGGCGAGUGGUGAAUUGACCUCGGCGGAGGUGACCAUGGCAUAUUGUAAGCGAGCUGCGGUUGCUCAACAGUUGGUAAACUGUCUUACUGAGACAAUGUUUGAGGAAGCUCAUGCUCGUGCCGAGUAUUUGGACAACCUCCGAGCUCAGGGCAAAUCAGCCGGACCUCUUCAUGGUCUCCCUAUUAGCAUCAAGGAUAACUUCCAAUACAAGGGAAUGGAAGCUACUAUCGGCAUGGUGUCUUUUAUGGAUGAAGUUGCUUCAGCUAACUCGCCUCUCGUGGAUAUCCUGCUGAACCUAGGGGCGGUCAUCUAUGUGAAAACCAAUGUCCCGCAGACAAUGAUGACUGCCGAGGCCGACAACAAUGUCUUCGGGCGUACCCUGAACCCGUGGAAUACAGCCACAGGCCCCGGCGGCUCUAGCGGAGGCGAGGGUGCCCUAAUUGCCCUUCGAGGAUCACCAUUGGGAGUCGGCACCGACAUUGGCGGCUCUGUCCGAAUUCCAGCUGCCUGCUGUGGGACGUACGGAUUCAGACCCAGCGCAGGGAGGGUUCCGAACGGAGGAAUGCGCGCAUGCACAACCAGUGGAAUGAAAUUUGUCCUGUCCUGCGCCGGACCCCUAUCACUGGAUCUGAAUGGCAUUGAAACAUUCUUCAAAGCUAUCUUCGACGCCCAGCCCGCUCUCUACGACUCCACUGUUCUCGACAUUCCGUGGAGACAGGUAUCCACCAAGCCCACUCUCCGAAUCGGCCUUGUACCUGAAAGCCCUACUUUCCCUCUUCAUCCCCCUGUUCGACGAGUUCUAGCGGAGGCGGCCAGUUUACUCAAAGCCCGGGGCCAUGAGAUUGUCACGCUGAGCGAGGAGGAAUGUCACAUCAUGGAAGCCAACGAAGUCGCCUGGAACAUCUUCACUCUCGAUCAAGGAGCGAUGCGCCAUAUCAUGGCAGCUGGUGAACCCCCCCGUGCCCUCGCUGGUCCACAUUGGGAAAGGUCUACUCUUCCGGAUAUGAGCGCUCUUGACAGUAUGGGUAAAUUGGCUUUACUAAACACACACCGCGCAGAGCUGCGUGAAUCUCAUAGAAAAUUGUGGCUUCACCAUAAUCUGGAUAUCUGCCUUGCACCGCCUGCCCAAUCAACAGCAGUGGCGCAUGAUACUUUUGGCGUGGUGCCUUACACCACCUUCCUGAACCUGCUCGACUAUCCCGCCUGUGUCAUUCCAUUUGGACACGUCGGAGAGCUCGACGCCAAGGAGACCAUGGAGUUGAAGGAGGGCCAGGUUGCACCGUCAUGGAAUUAUGAGCUGCUCAAGGGAGCACCGUGCUCGAUCCAAGUGUUCACUACCACCCUUCGGGAUGAGGAAUGUUUGCAGAUGUCCAAACAGAUUGACGAAUGCCUGAAAGGCUAA